CUUUCUUUUUCUCUCGUCUCUUCUGUCGGGGCCCUUGCAGAUGUUGUUCGGUCGUCGUACUAACGAUACACAGGGCCCUGCAACAUUCAGUCGCUCCUUGGCCAGAACUUUCAAGCUCAAGUUAUCGAUCCCCUUCCUCACUUCGAAGUCCAAAUGUCCCCCACCAAUGUACUCCUCACCCCCUUCACCACGGAGGCCAGAAGACAUUAGUCGUCCUCGUCAACUUGGGCGAUACAGGCACCACCCAGAGCACCGGCUUCCGGCUCACUUCAUCCAGCGCCUUCCCGUGGAAAUCCUCGCCCUCAUCUUCAUCCAAGGGGCUCAAGACGACGUCUACUUCCCCGUCACCGUUUCCCAUGUGUGCCGUGCAUGGAGACGAAUUGCCUUACGCACUCCCGCAUUGUGGCGACGGAUUACCCUUGGCCCUCAAGAACGCAUGUGGAAGGAGAGGAUUAAACGUGCAAGGGCCUGUAGCCUCGAUGUCCAACUUCUACCCACCAAGUCGCGCUCACGAAGCGAGCCCCGGCACGCGGACCUCGAUCCGUACUCCAUACAGUGGCACAUGCACAUGGUCAUUCCCCACAUCGCCCGUUGGCGAUCGCUGGAGAUUGUCUUCCCAGAGCACGGUCCCUACCUCUGGAAAGCGUCCCUCUCCCGGUGCUGUGCAACCAGAAACGCUCAGGCACCCUUGUUGGAAGACAUACAGCUUUCCUACCGAGCGAAUGACGAUCCAGAGGCCUUCACCCUCUUCUCAGGAAGCGCUCCCAAACUUCGAAGCGCCACACUGGACGGAAUUCGACUGAAUUGGCUGCCUUCGCUCUAUUCCAACCUGACUUUUCUGGAUUACACACAUCACGGAUUUACCGCCGGGCACCAAGCCGUACAGGACGUCAUCAAUAUGUUGACGGUUUCCUCCCAGCUCAGGGAGCUGAGGCUCACUUUCCCCCGCAAGCCAGUGGUCUGCCUUCCGUGCAGGGACGACCCAGUGAAGACCCGGGUCGUCCUACCCAAGCUCAAAUGUCUUCACCUCCGCGUGGAGGGGAAAGACAUCCCGUUUGAGCUCGCACAGAUCGCAACCCUGCUUGUGACCCCUUCCCUCACUUCUUUGCGGCUAGUUGAUCUUAACCGCUCUUACAAUUCGUUCGCCUCUCUCAAAUCCUUCUUCUACAUUUACGCCUUGCCUCCUUCGCUUCGCUCCGUCAGGAUUGAGUGCGGGUGGUAUGAUCCUAGGAUGAUCACUCCCAUUGUUCAGUCCCAUGCCAGGAUCCGACAGAUCAUCAUCAAGAGGCCGCAUUCAGCUGAGCAGGUGCUGAACCUCAAGCCCUCACCUACCCCGCCCCGAUCGAGGAAAGGCUCAUCUCCAUCAGCACCACAGUGGGAGAAUACCACUUCUUCCCUCUCUGCCGCUUCUGCGACCCGCAGCAAUCACCACAACAGACAUUUCCAGAUUCAGCGUCUCGACGUACAGUACCUCAAAGCUCGUUAAUAAUCGCUCCUUGAUAUGGCUUAAAUUAUUCGGGAGGCUUCUAGCCUGCUCUGUAUGUGUAUAUUUUCGCUCGUUCCAUGCUUGAUGUCGUUACAGCCCGGACUUCGGUUUCCCCUCUGUAUUAUUAUUUUGUCUGGCACUGCGGUGCCACAUUCUGUAGCAUAGCUUGACCGGUGACCAUUGUUCUCUGUCGAUGUAACAAAUUGCAUGCGUGCUUCCGAUGU